UUAUUUACUUCUAGUGCAAUGAUUAGUGCUGCUGUUAAUGGUGCUGGCAGGCCUAGUGCUUCUAGGACUGCCGGGAUUGAUUUCUUCAACAACCUAGGGAGACACGCAACAGGACGAAAUGCUCGGUUCAAUCAAUUUAAGAACCGAGCAAGCUUCGUUAAGAAGAAUGUAAAGCAGGUCGAUAAGCAGGAGGAAUGGGGGAGCAAGUCAGAGUAUAUUCUUUCACUGAUUGGGUUUGCAGUUGGUAUUGGUAACAUAUGGAGAUUUCCUUACCUAUGUCAGAAACACGGCGGAGGUGCGUUCCUGUUCGCGUACGUGGUGAUGGUGAUUAUUGAGGGUCUGCCACUCUUUUGUCUAGAACUUCACAUCGGUAAUCACUUUAAGAAGAGUGUUAGUGGUAGUAUGAGGCACAUCAAGAAGGGGUUGGUUGGAGUGGGCUGGUGUACUAUCACAGUGUGUUUCCUGUGUGCUGUUUACUACAACUCUAUUAUCAUGUGGAUUAUAAGAUACUUGUUCGAGUCCUUCGUGAAUCCCUUACCUUGGUCAGAGUGUAAGACGGAUCAUAUCUGCUGUCUGGAAGACAAGACUCAAUACUACUGGUAUUACGAACACUUGCGGCUGUCUCCUGAUAUCCGUGAACUGGGUUCCUUCAACCCAACUUUAGUGGUCUGUUUGAUCAUCUCCUGGGUCACCAUCUUCAUCUGUAUUUCUAGAGGAAUCAAGAGCUCUGGAAAGGUGGUAUAUUUCUCAGCAACAGCCCCGUAUGUGGUACUGAUAAUCCUUCUGUUCCGCGGGGCCACCCUGGAUGGAGCAAAGGAUGGUAUCAUGUACUUCCUCAAGCCGGAUGCAAAAAAGCUGUUAGACCUAAGUCUAUGGUCGGAUGCAGCCUCGCAGAUAUUCUACUCUCUUGGUAUUGGGUUUGGUGCUAUCGUGUCAUUCGCCUCCUUUACCAAAAACUGCGACAACGUCAUCAGAGACAGCAUCAUCAUCACGGUGGUAAACUGCUCUACAUCAAUAUUGGGAGGGUUUGUCAUCUUCAGCAUUGUAGGCUACCGAAAACACAUGACAGGUGCAGACUUUGAUCAGCUUGGCUCAGGGCCAGGUUUGGCAUUUGUAGCGAUAGCUGAAGCAGUGGCCAACAUGCACAUCUCGCCUUUGUGGGCCGUCUUGUUUUACAGUAUGUUGCUGCUACUUGGAUUGGACAGUUUGUUCGGCUUGAUGGAGAGUAUGUUGCAUCAACUCAGAGAAGAAAUCCCCGUUUUGAAGAGGAUUAAGAAACACGGUGUCAACGCAUGUGUGUGUUUCCUUAUGUUCCUCCUGGCCCUGCCUACAGCUACUAACGGUGGACAGUACAUUGUUAACCUGAUGGACACCUGGGCGGUCUCCAUCCCCCUGUUGUUCGUUGCUUUGGGAGAGAUAGUCUCCAUUGUAUGGUUCUACGGUAUACACAGGUUCACGAGAGAAGUGAAAGAGAAGACAGGGUACCAGAUAGGAUGGUACUGGCAGAUAUGUUGGGUGGUGCUGUCUCCCUUGGUCCUGCUCAUCCUCAUCGGCUUCUCGCUAUUCUCCUACUUUGGGGACAUGUCUUACAGUCAGUUUAUUGGCUGUGCGGGGAUUAAUAGUGGACUGGCAAGUGAAAACGGCUCAAUGUUAGAGACAAAUAACGGCUCAGCUGAUUAUAAUUUAACUGGAAACAUGACCAACUUUAACUAUGGUAUAGACUACAAAGAGUGGCAAGUCAGUUCUAAACUGCCAACGGAGGGUAUCGUAGCUGCUCUCUUUUUUCUUCUGACACCACUGCUAACCCUCCCCCUGGGAGCUCUCUACGGUCACAUAUAUCCCAACACUACAAAUGAGGAACAGGUCCAAGCUAACUUGGAAUCCUGCCCGGAGGAGAACGAGGUACUCUAAACAAUUCUGAGAAAACUUUGAGGUACUCUAUAAAAGAAUCUGAAGAAUUACAGCCCUACUUGCUACUGAUCCAGGACCCUGAUCAGUGAUCACGCCCUUAUAGCAAUACAACACUUACUACAGAGUGUCAACUCUCUUCACAGCAGUCAAAUCCACCAUGACGUAAUCAGAUGUCAUUUUAAGGACUAUUAUAAUUUAUAAUUGAUAUCUUUGUAGAUGUCGGACACGACCAAGUUAUUCAGCAUUAUAAUAAACAUUCCGUGACCCUACCUUUAAUGCAAUAUGCAGUCGGCAACGAUUAAGACGAUCAAAUGGUUUAUAAUUUCUAUUUUGAGCUGAGACAUAUCAAUUUUUGGGACUAUUAUACUUAUAGCGUUAAUGGUACGCCGAAUGGA